AUGGCGCCCUCGGGCCCGGGCAACGUCAAACGGCGGUGCCGGCGGGUGCUAUACUGGAUCCCGGUUGUGUUCAUCGGCCUCCUUUUGGGCUGGUCUUACUAUGCCUACGCCAUCCAAUUAUGCAUAGUGUCCAUGGAAAACAUUGGAGAACAAGGUGAAAAUAGUUUGUAUUCAGCUGUUUUCAAGAAGUUCCAUCUUUCUUAUGCAGAGAAAGAACUGCUGGAGAGAGAGCCAAGAGGAGAAGCCCAUCAGGAAGUUCUCAGGCGAGCAGCCAAAGAUCUCCCCAUCUACACCAGGACCAUGUCUGGAGCAAUCCGAUAUUGUGACAGAUGCCAACUUAUAAAACCAGAUCGUUGCCAUCAUUGUUCCGUCUGUGAUAAAUGUAUUUUAAAGAUGGAUCAUCAUUGCCCAUGGGUGAACAAUUGUGUUGGAUUUUCAAAUUACAAAUUUUUCCUCCUUUUCUUGGCAUAUUCUCUGCUAUACUGCCUUUUUAUUGCUGCUACGGAUUUACAGUAUUUUAUCAAAUUUUGGACAAAUGGGCUACCUGAUACUCAAGCCAAGUUCCAUAUUAUGUUUUUAUUCUUUGCUGCAGCUAUGUUUUCUGUCAGCUUGUCUUCUCUGUUUGGCUAUCAUUGUUGGCUAGUCAGCAAAAAUAAAUCUACAUUAGAAGCAUUCAGAAGUCCAGUAUUUCGUCACGGAACAGAUAAGAAUGGAUUCAGCUUGGGUUUCAGUAAAAACUUGCGACAAGUUUUUGGAGAUGAGAAGAAAUAUUGGUUAUUACCCAUUUUUUCAAGUCUAGGUGAUGGCUGUUCUUUUCCAACUUGCCUUGUUAACCAGGAUCCUGAACAACCGUCUACUCCUGGAGGACUGAAUUCAACAGCUAAAAAUCCUGAAAAUCACCAAUUUCCUGCAAAACCAUUGAGAGAGUCCCAGAGCCAUCUUCUUACUGAUUCUCAGUCUUGGACAGAGAGCAACACAAACCCAGGAAAAGACAAAGCAGCUGUCAGUGGUAUAGAUGGAUGGAAGAGAUUUCUACAGAAAGGUGCACUGACCAGUUCCUCCCAUUUCCUGUUGUCUGGAUAUGUAGACUGUGAACUGAUUAGUUCUCCUGGAGCCAUGAUUUAA